UCUGUUUUCCUUCUAAUCUAAUAUGGAAUAACUUAAGUUUAGCAUGUAGGCACUGGGCCGGAUACACAUUCCGCGAGAUAAACCUUAAAAUCUUAAAUCCAAUGAAGCUAAUUGCAGUAUCCAGAGGAGAAACGCAAAUCAUCGGCACCAGACAAGCGUUACCUUGACCGUAUCUCACCGACGCAUUUUAAAGUCUGCCAUAGAUAACAAAGUAACAUUCCAAACUGUUGGGCGAAGAGCGGAAGGAACGAAGGCAAAAAGACUGAAUGUGAUCGACUGAACAGCGGAAACACCAAGAUCUGCGAGCGCCAUAAAGGCAAUGCUUCUGCUGACGCUUCUGCUUUCGGGAGUGCACACAUUCCCAGCUAACGUUUCAAGCCCUUCGGCAACCUCCAAUCCAAGCUUACUGGCACUUACUGCCAUAGACUGCCCACCGUGUCAGCCCGAGCUGUGCCCACUAACACCCUUGUGUCCAGCAGGGUGGGUGCUAGGUCGUUGUGGCUGCUGUCAGGAAUGUGGGAAUGUGGAAGGACAGCCGUGUGACCUUGACCCCCGAGGUGCUUUCUACGGGCGAUGCGGCCGUCACCUACGCUGUCAGCUGGACCCUGCCGAUCUGCUGCACGGAAACAUCCCGGAGCCACGAUGUGUUUGCGAAUCUCAGCAAGUGGUUUGCGGGUCGGAUGGCGUGACCUACGAGAAUAUCUGUCGCAUGGAGGAAAGGACACAGCAUAGUGUAACUGUGACGAGCAGCGGCCCAUGUGAAGCUGCUCCCCAGAUCAAACUACCUCCUCAAAACCUGGUCAGUGUGACUGGUAAAGAUAUCAUCUUCCAUUGUGAAGUCUUUGCUUUUCCCAUGGUUACAAUAGAAUGGUGGAAAGAUGACCACGCUGAAAGUCUGCCUGGUGAUGACCCUCAUAUUUCUGUGCAAUGCCGAGGAGGACCAAUGCAUUAUGAACUUUCAAGCUGGCUGCAGAUUGAAACUCUCAGAAAACAUGAUACUGGGAUAUAUCACUGUGUGGCUUCAAACAAAUUUGGUAGAGUGAUGGCUUCAGCUAAUCUCACUGUAGUGGAUGAAGAUUUUUCGCCUGUUCAAGAACUGCAACCUGAAAGCGCAGAAGAUGACGAGGAUUAUUAUUAAAGAAUAUCAAACAAUAUU